GGAGCUACUACACUAGGGUUUUCGACGAUUCAUGGCAUAGGCAUGCUAACUGAAACGUCGACGUUUCCAAGGAGAGAUGGUAACGGCGCCGUUUUAUGUUCAUCCCUCUGUUUAAAGAAAGUAGGAGAAAAUCGGGAGGAGAAAGAAAAAAGCGGAGCCAUGUCCUUUAUCGGCGCUGCUAGCUGCUGCCAUUUCCCGAUAAUCUCCGGCGCCGUCAUCGGCGAUGCCAACGCCGGUACUCGAUUGAUCAGUCCGACGAUGUCGAUGAACCAAAAUCCUUCCCAGCCUCCUAACCCGGCGACCCUCCUCACCAGCAUCACGAAGCUACUAUGGGGUCCAUCUCUUCCGCCGGGGCUGCUCAUCUCCACCGUCCGUACGGGAUGGAAUUCGGCCUGGAAUCUGAUGAUGGCCCAGCUCGCUCCCUCCGAUCCCUCCGGCAAUUACUCCCGUCCGGCUUCCAAAUUCCGCCUCAACAGCAGCGACACCACGAACCCCCAAUUUUCUCGCGGCAGCCUCCACCUGUACGUCGGCCUCCCUUGCCCGUGGGCGCACCGCGCCCUCAUCGUCCGAGCACUGAAGGGACUGGAAGACGCGGUUCCCGUCUCCGUCGCAGGUUCCGGCCAGGAUGGGUCGUGGGAAUUCCGGGACCGGACUCCAUCUCCGGAUGCGGAUUUGGGUGUCCUCGUCCCCGGGAAAGAUAACGCGAACGGAUGCAGGACGUUGAAAGAGGUUUACGGGCGGAGGAAGGGCGGGUACAGCGGCCGGGCGACGGUGCCGAUGCUGUGGCACUCGGAGAGGAAGGAGCCGGUUUGUAACGAGAGCUACGACAUCAUCGAGUUCUUCAACUCGGGCAUGAACGCGCUGGCUCGAAACCCAGAGCUCGAUCUGUCGCCGGAGCCGCUGAAGGGGGAGAUUGAGGAGUGGAAUCGAGUGAUCUAUCCCAACAUCAACAACGGCGUCUACAGAUGUGGAUUCGCUCAAAGCCAGGAAGCGUACGAUCGAGCUGUGAACGGUCUGUUCGCGACGCUGGAUAGAGUUGAAGAUCACCUGGCGAGUUCCCGUUACUUGUGCGGGGAGGCGCUGACCCUUGCCGACGUUUGCCUGUUCACCACACUGAUCCGGUUCGACGCCGUGUACAACGUUCUGUUCAAGUGCACCAAGAAGAAGCUGGUUGAGUACCCCAAUCUCCAUGGCUAUAUGCGGGAGAUUUACCAGAUGCCAAAGGUUGCAGAAACCUGCAACUUGGGUGCUAUCAUGGAUGGCUACUACAAGACGCUGUUUCCACUGAAUCCAGGCAGCAUCUGCCCGGUGGUGCCAUCGGGGUCCGAGAUCGUGAACCUAUCGAAGCCUCACAACAGAGAAUCGCUGUCAGCUGUCGUCUGUAGAUAAGAGAAUUUACGGAACUCUGCAGCCUCGCCUGUCUGUAACUGAUCAUUACCACGCUGCAGGCAUCCAUUUACAAUAGUUGCUUUGUGUUCAUAGAAGAUGAACUCCACACUGAAAUGAAUCCGUCCAUUUAUAAGCUCGGCAGUGAGUUCUGUCUUGUUAAUGUACUACGCUAUCGAUCAGAAUUUCAGUUGUUUGCUCUUGCUGAUCAGUGAGUGGCACUUUACAAGCCUAUUACUGGUUUGUAUGGCUGGAGAGGAUUCACCGCAAUUUUCCGACGAGUGAGAGAUACAGCAAGAUUCGUUGCUUCGAGGAUUGUUGGAUCGUUUGAUGGCCUCAUCUCGAUUUCUAAGAUUUCCUUCUGUUUCUUUUCAGUUUCACUGAUUGUGGGAGCUUACUAAGGACACCUGACUCAAUAAAGAGUUGGUCAAGGUGCUGGGGUUGUUGCAUGCUUUCUAAUCUUUAUGGUUUUUUUUCUUCUUUUCUGUGGUGUGGUUUCUUGCAUUUGUGCCUUGUGUUUGCUUGUCCUCCCUAAUUAAUGCAACCCUUCCUCAUUUAGUGAACAGACAUAUAUUGAUCCUCCCUUCCCCAUUUUUUCAUUAAAGACCAA